CCCCAAAGUGCUGGGAUUACAGGCUUGAGCCACCGCGCCCGGCAGAGCUCUUUUGCUGACAUGACAUAAGGAACACAUUUUUAUUUUGAUUGGGGCUAAGAGUUUGGCUGGUAAUUGUGCUUCACAGCAGUGGGGAUAACAGGGUCAACUAUUCAAAAUGAGUCCCUCAUUUUCAGUUCCACUUCUUUGUCCUACUUUUUGUCAUACUUCUCUCCAAAUUCAGAGGCUUUCUGAGUUUUGCUGGGGAAUCCAAUUUCCACCUCUGCUGCAGAUCUUGCUGUGUAGGAAACAGCUGCUUUAUUAGUCAACAGUCUUUAAUCACUUUUUUAUUAAACUUCAAAACUGUAAAAUGUAACUGCCAUCCAUCGGGGGCUGCUACUAGUUUGAGACCUUUUAAAUUCCCAUUCAUGCCUUAUAGAUCUAUGUGGAUCACUCAAGUGGUGCAAAACCAGGCUGCAAAGCAAGGGCUUCUAUAUUAUUAUUCCUAACUCCGAGGGAAAGUGCUUUAGGUUCUGUCCUGGGAGGUGUUACAUUCUCUUCUUGCAGAAUCAAGAUUCUUUACUGCUUAUCCUCCUUGUUCUGUGACAUUGCCAAAAUUACCACUAAGUUUCACAGGUAUUUCUUUAGGAUUAGGGAUGACUGGAACAAACUUGAGACUGUAUGCCCCAUUUGAAGGGUGCUGCUAUUAUCUGCUAUAGCCAAUUAUUACCCUGAAGAAAUUCUGGCUGAAUUAUAUUAAAAUAGGCUGGUAUUAAGGAAAAUAUACAUUGUUUAUUAACAUAAAGGAAUACUGUAAAAUCUUAAGAAUUUUUACAAGCAAUGCCAAAAAUCCAUAUUGUUCAUAUGUAUAAUCCUUUAUUUUGAACAAAACUGUAAAUUGUCUCAGGUCAGAUAAUUUAUGUUUUUUCUCCUUUUCUCCAGUUAUACAACAAAACACAAAAGCUAGGCUCUCCAUUAUAUAAUUACUCAGAAUUCUGAAAACUCCCAUUGUUGCUACUUCAACACAUUGCCUAACCUCCACAGUGAGACUCAUUUUAUACUUUGAUAAGGGAGUUUGGGAGCAUGGGUACUGGUCAUGCAGAUAUCUGUAUGUCAUUUCAGGGGUCAGUGACAUUCACAGAUGUGGCCAUAGACUUCUCCCAGGAGGAGUGGAGAUGGCUUCAGCCUGCUCAGAGAGAUCUGUACCGAUGUGUAAUGUUGGAGAACUAUGGCCAUCUGGUCUCACUGGCAGGUCUUUCCAUUUCUAAGCCAGAUGUGGUUUCCUUAUUGGAGCAAGGGAAGGAACCCUGGUUGGGGAAAAGGAAUGUGAACAGAGAUCUGUUUUCAGUUUCAGAGUCAAGGGGUGACAUCAAAGACUUUUCACCAAAAAAUGUCAUUUAUGAUGACUCAUCCCAGUAUUUGAUCAUGGAAAGAAUUCUAAGUCAAGGCCCUGUGUAUUCCAAUUUUAAAGGAGGCUGGAAAUGCAAGGAUCAUACAGAAAUGCUGCAAGAAAAUAAGGGAUGUAUUAGGAAAGUAACAGUCUCUCAUCAAGAAGCCCUGGCUCAACAUAUGAAUAUCAGUACUGUGGAGAGGCCCUAUGGAUGCCAUGAGUGUGGAAAAACUUUUGGUCGACGCUUUUCCCUGGUGUUACACCAGAGGACUCAUACUGGAGAGAAACCAUAUGCAUGUAAGGAAUGUGGCAAAACCUUUAGCCAGAUUUCAAACCUUGUGAAACAUCAAAUGAUACAUACUGGAAAGAAACCCCAUGAGUGUAAGGAUUGUAAUAAAACAUUCAGUUACCUUUCAUUUCUUAUUGAACACCAGAGAACGCACACUGGGGAGAAACCUUAUGAAUGUACUGAGUGUGGAAAGGCCUUUAGCCGUGCCUCCAACCUCACUCGACAUCAGAGAAUUCAUAUAGGAAAGAAACAAUAUAUAUGUAGGAAAUGUGGGAAAGCAUUUAGCAGUGGCUCAGAACUCAUUCGCCACCAGAUUACACAUACUGGAGAGAAACCUUAUGAAUGCAUUGAAUGUGGGAAGACAUUUCGCCGUUUCUCACACCUUACUCGACAUCAAAGCAUCCAUACAACCAAAACCCCAUAUGAAUGUAAUGAAUGUAGGAAAGCUUUCCGUUGUCACUCAUUCCUUACUAAACAUCAGAGAAUUCAUGCUGGAGAAAAGCUCUAUGAAUGUGAUGAAUGUGGUAAAGUUUUCACUUGGCAUGCAUCCCUUAUUCAACAUAUGAAGAUUCAUACUGGAGAGAAACCCUAUGCAUGCACUGAAUGUGAUAAAGCCUUCAGCCGGAGCUUUUCCCUCAUUCUACAUCAGAGAACUCAUACUGGAGAGAAACCCUAUGCAUGCACUGAAUGUGAUAAAGCCUUCAGCCGGAGCUUUUCCCUCAUUCUACAUCAGAGAACUCAUACUGGAGAGAAACCCUAUGUAUGUAAGGUAUGCAACAAAUCCUUCAGCUGGAGCUCAAAUCUCGCUAAACAUCAGAGAACACACACUCUUGACAACCCCUAUGAAUAUGAAAAUUCAUUUAAUUACCACUCAUUCCUUACUGAACACCAGUGAAUUUACACUGCAAAGAAAAACUACGAAUGUAUGAAAUUUUUUUAAAAGAAGUAUAAUGCCUUACUUUUAUUUCGGAGAACUCUUGGAAAGAAGCCUUAUGUGAGAGUGAUGAAUGUGAAGUAAUAUGGCCCACAAUUUAUUCAACAUCCUGGAGGAAAAAAACCCAGAAAUAUGUGGAAAAGCCAUUAAUAACCGCUCUUUUUCUUUUUUUUCCCAAUAACAAGGUGAAAUCGAUAUUGUUGAGAAGAUUCUUCUUCCAUCUGGAAAUAUUGAGAAGACUUCAUUUGGUAGGAUUCCCUUACUCUACAUGUGUAAAUUCCUACCAAGAAAGAAUACAUAUCCAAUAGAUUGGAGAAAGCCAGAGAUUAUUAGCCCUCAUUCUGCAACUGUCAACCAGGACAGAAUGCAUGGGCAAGGGAUGAGCUUUACAAAGAUGUACUUUGGAGAUCAGGAUAUUCAUGUUUAAGUGAUACAAACACAGUGAUUCGGGAAUGCCUUCAUUUACAAUGCAAUACUUAAUACUCUCAUACGAGAAAAAGCAACUGUAUAAAAGAAUGUAGAGUAACUGCAAUAUUUCAAACCUGUAUCAGAGAACUACACUGUGGGAAAACUACCAUUGUAACAAGUGUAGCAAAAUCAUCUUAGAUAUCUGAAAAAUCAUACUGGAUGGAAUCUGUGAGAAAGGGUUCUAUUUUGAGGGAAGGGGGAUUGCUUUUUGUUUUUUAAGUGAAUUCAGAAAAUGUUAUAAAUAAAUCUUUUGGUUUAUUAUAAACCUUCUACUUCCUGAUUUUUUCCCACAGCAUGUGAUUCCGAAAGUGUAACUACAAUAUUGACAUAAAAAAAAAGAGUAGUGUGUUUUUUUUGUUGAAACAUACAAA